CACAAUCCCUGACCUCCAUUAUUCUCAUUACACCAUUCUUGAUCUUUUCCGUAAUCCAUCACCUAAUACUAAUCAUCUAGGGCUCCUCUCUAACCACCCCAAGAAACACAAGGAAGAUUAGUUUUUUCCCCCUUCUUUCUUCCUCUAGGGCUUGUUCGUUAACUUCUCAAUUGGCCAUCUACAAUGGAGAAACCUGGUGACUUCUGGAUCCCCAAGAAAAGCAACAAAGAAUCAUCAUCUUGGGAAGAGCUGGCUUUCGCGGAGGAUGAUGCUGCUGGAUCUUUAUGGCCGCCGAGAUCUUACACGUGUAGCUUCUGCCGGAGAGAGUUUAGAUCGGCUCAGGCCCUCGGUGGCCACAUGAACGUUCACCGAAGAGACAGAGCAAGGCUUAAGCAAGCCGAUGACGACCAAUACUUAUUCUCCAAACCUUCUUCAUCUCCGGAGUAUCCAUCUCAUAACGAUAGCGAUGAUAUUCGUGAAACAUCUUGCUAUACUUUGGUUUUUAACUCCAAACCUAACUAUUUUAAGAAGACUCAACACUCUUGUGUUAUUGAUCUUUCUUCUUCUUCUUCUUCUUCUCCUUCUUUACCAUAUUUGACUCCUUCUUCUAGGGUUUCUUCUGGUUUGCCUGAAAAACAAAAUACCUUUUCUUCUUCUCCUUCUUUCCUUGUAGAACCUUCCAACAACUCCAGUUAUAUUCCCUCUUCUUCUCCAUGGUCGUCUCCGAGUACUUUUGUGGACCAUAAACGUUGUGAUCUAUAUGCAAUUCCGGGUAUGGAAGGAGACAAGAAGAGAAAGAUCGAAAAUGAUGUGCCCAAAAUCGGGCACAAAGCAAAACUCAGCCUUGGAAACAGCUGCACUACUGAUCUCUCGGUGAGCAUGAAUUUGGUCAUCCACCAAAGUUUUCCGAUUACUGCUCACGAUAGCGAUGAAGAGCUCGAGAGGGGUGAUAUCCGUAAGAGAAGACGAAGGCAUGAGAGUCCAUCGCAGCCAUCUAUUUUCAUUUCAAGUUUAUCUUGUAAGAGUGACAUUAUUACAAGAAAAGAGGAGAUCAAACACAAGGGUGAUUGCUUUGAGGAUUUAGACCUUGAGCUUAGGCUAGGGACCGAUCCACCAAAGGGAAUUUGAUUGAUGAACCGAUGAACCUCUACCAAAAGAAAAGGUAAGGAGAAAAUAUAUAUAUAUAAAUAGAAACAUUUUAUAUGAGUGUAUGUGUAUGUGUGUUACUUGGAUUUAUCGUUCCUUGGUUUUGCGUGUUUUAAAUGUACCAGGUAUACAGAUUUUUGGUUUUACUUCUUUCUUUUUUUGGGGGAUAAAUUGUAUGAAAACUCCAUUUUUUUUAAAAACGAAAAUUCUAAAGGAAGCACUUAAGGCUUGAGAAUUAUUUUUCAUAUACACAAUUCGUACUUGAUACAUUUUCUAAGCAUUCCUAGUAUACACCCUAAUUCACUUUGUACAAUAUUAUUAUUGCAUGUUUCAAUAUGUCUUCCCGCGAAUGAAUCGUAUACAAUGCUUGCUAUAUAUUGAUUUCCCGGUUUAUA